AGGAAAGCAGCAGAGAAACAGCCAGGAUGCCAGCUGAUUUGAACGGAUAUUGGAAAAUGAUUUCCAAUGAUAACUUCGAGGAGUACCUUAAGGCCCUAGAUGUAAAUGUUGCCAUCAGGAAGAUCGCCACCUUGUUGAAGCCUGACAAGGACAUCACUCACGAUGGGGACCACAUAAUCAUCAAAACCCUCAGCACCUUCAAAAACUACAACAUGGACUUCUAUGUGGGCAAAGAGUUUGAGGAGGACCUUAGUGGAGUGGAUGACAGGAAAUGCAUGACCACUAUCACCUGGGAGGGAGACAAGCUGGUGUGUGUGCAGAAGGGGGAGAUCGAAGGAAGAGGGUGGACCCACUGGGUGGACGGAGAUGAGCUUCAUCUGGAGCUGAGAGCUGCAGGAGUUGUUUGCAAGCAGGUCUUCAAGAAGACCUAA